AUGGCUCGCUGGAUUUUGCUUUUACCGUAACGGAUUUCGCAUUGCUCGUUCAUGGCCUAUUCAUCAUCCAGUAUGGAUGUCCAACAACAACUAGAAGAAAUACGUCGGCAGAUCUCCACCUCACAUGUUUUACUGAAGAGCAACCACGAAAAACGUUUUGGUCCUGUGGAGACUCAAAGUGAACCAAUGAUGGCCAUCGACAUUUCCCCUCUACAACUUACCAUUCCUGCUACUUUCCAUGAAUACGUGGAACUUCAUCUCUACUCUUUCCGCACUCGUGAAAUCCUAGCCUGUCGACUUGAGGAAAUGAUACAGGACUACGCUAACCAGUUCGACUGUUCCUGGCGUAAACUUGCACAAACUCCUGCUCCACGACUUCGAUCACUAUUACCGGAUGUCAUAGAGAAGCUUCGAAACGGUCUGCAGUAUCAUUUCGAAAAUCAGGGACUCCCCGCAAUUAUGGAGAAGGUCAAAGAAUUUGCCAAAGAACACCCACGCCCUACGAGUACCACACCCCCACCCCCACCUCGCCAAUCCUCCAUCCCAGCAUACGAAGCACCCGUCCCAUUCAACAACGAAUACACCCCCAUCCUCGAAACCUACUUCCAAUACGACCCCUACCCCACCUCUCGAGACCGCCAGAUCAUCGCCGAGCGCUCGGGUAUGACACGGCGGCAGAUCGAAGUUUGGUUCCAAAACCACCGCCGCACCGCACGUCAAUCCGGCAUAACCCUCCCAGCCAAACGCCCCCCCGGGGCCAUCGCGCCGCCGGGGUUGGACGUCCCGUUUGGUGUUGGGCAAGGUCAGGGAGGUCAAGGAGGUCAAGGUCAAGGUCAAGGAGGACAAGGAGACGGACAAGGACAAGGACAAGGACAAGACCAGUCAAGUGGGGAGAAGAAGAGAAGAAAAGCAAGAAUGUUGGACAUGUUUAACAUAAAUUCCAAAGGUUCCUCAUCCAUCUCCCCUGGGAGUGUGAGUGGGAGUGGGAGUGGACAAGGUAUGACACCAGACGACCCGAUCCAAAUCGACGGUGUACCUUCCUCCAUGACGACGUCGAUGAUGAUGAUCUCAGAGAAUUGCGACGACGAAAGUCGAAUGGGAAUGACAUUAACGAAUGCCGGGCACGGCAUCUCCAUCCUCGAACCCAUCGACGUCGUGGAAAGGAUGGUGAGAGAGAAAGAACGAAAAGCGGUAGAAGAAGAGAUGAGGGAGGAGAGGAAGAAGUAUUUGAGUGUUAUCGCUCCUGCUUCUUUCAAUCAGGAUAGUCACCCUAUCUCGACAACGACGACGACGAACCCACUUGAUUCCCCACUCCCGUCUUCCACAUCAGACACGCUGUUCCCAGCUCCGUUCACUCGUCCCCCGGCUCAUCUUCAAUUUCGAUAUCGCGUCGCACCCGCCGCGGCGUCUUCCUCGUCGUCGUCGUCUUCGUCCUCUACACCUACCACUGCACCCACACCUCCACCUACAAAUGCAGCGUUCUCCCCCUCCAACGACACCGACCCCCCUAUCACCGGAACCGUGCGCCCCAUCCUCCCUCCCCCAACAUGGACCCGUCUCGCUCCUCCCACAUCCUACCAAGUCCCUCCUCCUCCCACUUCCACCACUCCCUCUACCCAUCCCUCUACCCAUCCCUCUACCCAUCCCUCUACCCAUCCCUCUACUAAACCCAAGAAGAAAUCCAAACGCCCAACAAAGGAAGAACUCCGCCUCCUCGACGAAUCCAAACGCCUUCUCGAGAUCGACGAGGCGAUCAUGAUGAAACGAUUGUGGUUUUGCAGUUUCGACGAUAGAGUGGAGAGCGGGACGAUUAGAGCCCAGGGGGGGGUGUCGACGUAUGAGUCGAUUGCGGGUGGGGUGGUUGAGAGGGAGAAAAAUACGGUUUCCGCAAACUCAAACUCAAACUCAAAUAAACCCAAAUCCCCCACAGCCACAUCCAAAGCCAAAUCAAUCCUCCAAAAACUCGGCGUGGGACUCGACGCCGCGACGUGUGCGUAUACCUAUGUCUUGCCGAAGGCCCCGUUUUGGGCGUUGGUGAGGGAUGGGGGGAGGGGGGAGGGGUGUUUUUCUACUUCGUCUUCGUCCUUGUCGGCUUCGUCGGCUUCGUUUUCCUCCGGGUCUGACUCGUCGGCUUCCUUGUCUUCCUUGUCUUCCUCGCGUGACUCGUCUUCGUCGUUUGACUCGUCGAUGUCAUCUAACUCCCCCUCCUCCUCCCCGCCGACACCCUCCUCCCCCCCAACAACACCCCCACCCCCAACCCCAACACCACACGAAUUCCCCCUAUCCGUAUCCCUAUCCGUACCCUCAUCCCACAAACCCACCCGAAAGGGGCUCAAGAAACCAGCUGCGCUCGGUCCGAAACGGAGGCCGCGGAAUGCGCCGAGUGGAAGUAGGAAUGCGACGGGGGGGUUCACGGAAUUCGCGACGCCUGCGUCGUUGAAUGUGAGAGAGAGUGCGAAAGGGAAAGGAAAAGGGAAAGCCAAGGCUACCUCCUUUGAUAGAGACGAGUCUACCUCUUUCUUUCCCUCCACCUCCUUCUCUUCCUCCUCAUCAUCUUCAUCCUCUACCUCCUCCUCCGCCUCCUCCCACUCCUCCUCUUCCUCCUCCGCUUCAUCCUCCUCUACCUCAUCCUCCGCUUCAUCCUCAAUAAUAAUCCCCCAAGGCUUCCCAGACGGAUUCACCCCGUUCUCGAAUAACGCGAUGGCGGGGUAUUAUGAUUUUGGGUUUGGGGGGCGACCUUCCUCUUCGUCAGCAUCGUUGUCGUUAGAGUCGCAGUCGCAGUCGGAAUCAUCACAGUCGCAGUCGGAAUCACAGUUACAAGCACAAUCGCAACGAGACCAGAUAGGGUUCACGUAUGCGUUUGGGAAUCCUUAUCCUACCACCGGCACCUCCAUUCCCUCCUCCUCCACCUCUUCUUCCACCUCCACCUCUUCUUCCACCAACACCACCUCCACCGUUCCCACCAACACCACCACCUCCUCCUCCACCGCCGCUGUUGCUGACACCACCAACACCUCCGCUAACGGCCACGUUGACCUUACCGCCACCGCCCACAACGAGAUCGACGUCCAAGGUAUCGACAUGAACAUGCUCAAUGCUUUGUUCAGCGGGGAUCUUGGUGGGGCUCGCGUUGGGGGGGGUGGAUCUGUUGGGGGUGUUGGGAGUAUCGGAAACGGUGUCGGAAGCGUUGGGAGUGUCGGAAAUGGUGUUGGGGGUGGUGUUGGAAGCGUUGGAAGUGGUGUUGGGAGUGACGGAAGCGUCGGAAGUGCGGGGACGAACCCGUACUUGAACCCUAUGACGAUGAACAUGGGGUCUCUCGCUUCCGGGUCGAUUGGUUCAAGUGGGAUGGCGGCGAUAGCUGCGUUCGGGGGUAUGGCUGCGAUGAAUGCUGGGAUGAAUAUGGGGAUGGGGAUGGGUGUGGGUAUGGGUAUAGGAGGUAUAGGAAUGGGGAUGAGUGGGAUGGGUGGUAUAGGAGGUAUAGGAGGAGGGAUGGGGAUAGGAGGUAUGGGUGGAUGGUCUUCUUCGUGA